AUGGCGGAAGAAAUUAGGCAAAACGACGUCGCUUCUUCUUCCAAAUCUAGAAGCUUCUGGUCUGCACUCCGUUGGAUUCCCUCUUCCACCGAUCAUAUCAUCGCCGCCGAGAAACGCCUUCUCUCCCUUAUCAAGACUGGGUAUGUUCAAGAGCGUGUUAAUAUCGGCUCUGGUCCUCCUGGGUCCAAAGUAAGAUGGUUCCGUUCAUCGAGCAAUGAGCCGCGGUUUAUCAACACGGUUACUUUUGACAGUAAACCUGAUUCUCCUACGCUUGUUAUGGUUCAUGGAUAUGCUGCUUCCCAGGGUUUCUUCUUUCGUAAUUUUGAUGCUCUCGCUUCUCGUUUCAGAAUCAUUGCUGUUGAUCAACUUGGUUGGGGCGGAUCAAGCAGGCCUGAUUUCACAUGCAAAAGCACUGAAGAAACUGAGGCAUGGUUCAUUGAUUCUUUUGAGGAAUGGAGAAAAGCCAAAAAUCUGAGCAAUUUCAUACUACUUGGACAUUCUUUCGGUGGUUAUGUUGCUUCCAAAUACGCGCUCAAGCACCCUGAGCAUGUACAACACUUAAUUUUGGUGGGACCAGCUGGGUUUACAUCAGAAUCAGAUGCAAAGACUGAUUUUAUUGCAAAGUUUCGAGCGACAUGGAAGGGAGCAGUUCUGAACCAUCUAUGGGAAUCUAAUUUUACACCUCAAAAAAUUGUCAGAGGUUUAGGUCCUUGGGGUCCGAGCAUGGUACGAAAAUAUACAAGUGCUAGGUUUGGUACACAUUCAACAGGGCUAAAACUGUUUGAAGAAGAAUCAAGUUUGCUAACAGAUUAUGUUUAUCAUACAUUGGCGGCCAAAGCCAGUGGUGAGCUGUGCUUAAAAUAUAUUUUUGCAUUUGGAGCAUUUGCUAGGAUGCCCCUUCGUCACAGUGCUCCAGAGUGGAAGGUGCCCACCACAUUCAUAUAUGGUUUUGAAGAUUGGAUGGAUUAUGAAGGUGCCCAAAAAGCUCGCGCGCAAAUGAAAGUUCCAUGUGAAAUUAUCAGGGUCCCUCAGGCCGGACAUUUUGUGUUCAUCGACAACCCUAGUGCCUUCCAUUCAGCUGUGUUUCAUGCUUGUCGAAGGUUUCUUACACCUGAUCCGGACAAUGAAUCUCUUCCUGAAGGGCUAUUCUCUGUAUAA